AUGUCAGUAUCGACAACAGCAGCAGAUGGAUACACGAACUCCCCGAGCUCGCUCACAUCACUUAUCCAGAAUGCUGCCCUAUCCUCCGACUCGCCCAUCUCGCCAGAGUCGCUAGCGGACAAGCAAGUCGCUUCCUACAUCCGCUCCCUCUCCAACUUCAGCCUCACAGACCUCAAGUCACAACCACAGCACCUUCAGUCCAAAUCCGAAGCGCUCCAUCAUCAGCUUUCAGAGCUCUGUAUCUCGCAGACCGACGCCUUCAUUCACAUCCACCACGCCGAGCAGCAGUUUGCCCCCUCCCUCUCCACAUUUGCCACUCACCUCGACGACUUGAUCGCCAACACCUUGCCGGAUCUUCAAGCUGCUGUAGAUGCCUUUGUUUCGGCCAGUCAGCCCGUACUCGCCGAACGAGAGCGCAUCCAGAAUCUCGCAGAUCAGUAUGAGCGCGGUCAUCUCUCCGAUCUCCUCGAGAUCCCUCCGCUUGUGCAGACGUGUGUCCGCGCUGGCCACCACUCGGAAGCCAUCCAGCUGGCUGAGCACCUCGUUCAUCUGCUCAAGCAAUCCCAAGAACCUCCCACCUCUACCUCGAGCUCCCACACUCUACACAGCCAGCGCAGCACCUACCUAUCCUUGCUCAUUGAGACUCUCUCACAUUUGGCAAUCAUGAAAGCCGACCUCAUCUCGAGCUUCUCCAAAGCCGGUCUCAAGCUCCCUGCUGCCCUCAAAUCUGUCACCAUCCUCCGCAGGCUCAGCCACUUUGAGUCCUCGCUCCCCCGGCUACCAGAUUGGCAGAACCUACUGAUUUCCGCCCGAUCCAAUCCGAAUGCACUUGUACCGCAGCUUGGCAUGACCGAAAACCAGCUCUGUCUUGCCUUCCUCAAAGCACGGAUCCGCUCCUUUUACUCGGCUGUCGAAGCUAUGGGAUCGCCCUCAUCCUUUUCCAGCGAGGCCUAUCUUCGCAGGUACAUUGACCUUUGGCGUGAAGAGAUGGCAGACACGCUUGGAAUGGCUUUCCCUCUCUUCAUCGACGAAGCUCCCUCAGCUUCUCAAAGGCAUCGCGACGACGACACAAGCUCAGAGAUGAUGAACCCCGCUUACCUUGUCUCGUCCUUUGCGACGUCCGGUCUGCAGCGCUUGCGCGAUACAAUCUCUGUGCAACUUGUCGCUACUUCCCACCGGGUUCAAUCAGCCUCCUCUGCAUCCUCUGGCCAAACUGCCAGUCUCGAGACACUUGCCGAAACAUUCGCCAACAUUCACACGCAACUCAGCUACGCCUCCGCUGCACUCACACGUUUCGGGCUCGACUUUGGUGCGCUCCUCUUCGGCCCUUCUGAAAACUCUGACGCUGAUCCAUCCACGCGUUCGCUCAGCACCAUCGAAUCUACAUGGCUCGACGCAUUGACCCACGCGUUGGAUCGCAUCUUUUCACUCACUCACGCCGAGCUUGACCAGAAUCUGCAAGCCCACGACGGUACCUCGCUGCUGUUACAAUUCCUGAUUUCGUCGCAACUGCCCACCUCGGCCUUGGAGGAUCUGUAUGGCAUCUCUGCAGGCACGGGCGUGGAUUCGUCCGUGUACGACGACCUCACGCGGCCCAACAUCGAGCUCGUCGACUAUCCUGUCAUUGCAAAGCUGUUGAAUCGGUUGCUCGAAUGGAUCCAUGCGCUGCAGGUCUUUGCGCCAGUGAAUCUGGCCAGUGUCCUUCUGCAGCGACUGGAUAUGCACUUCGCAAGCAUCUCGGAACGCUUGCUCGCGCUACCCGACUCCGUCGCCAAUUUCGACACUGCCACGCCAAGAGACGGACGGCUAUUGGCAGAUGACGAAGCCCAGUCCCUUUUGCUGCAUUUGGAUGGAGAUGCAGAGACGAAACAGGCGCUGCAGGCGCAAAUCGUUCAUGACCGCAAGCGCGCCAUCUUGAGCAAAGUCAUGGCGAUGUGGCAUUCCUCCGUCGUCGCCUGGACGCUUAACGUGGUUCGAACUCAGAUCUUUGACCUGGAUGCGGAGAAAGAAGGUGCUGCGACCAUUGCUGACGAAGUCUGGGUCAAAGCGCAAAAAUGGAUCCAAGGGACGCAUGCGCAAGCGAGGGAGAACGCCAAACAACGGCGCGCAGACGCGAGUGCUAGGAUGAAGGCGGUGGAGGAAGCGGAGGCUCAAGCGGGGGCUGCUGCAGAGGAGACGAGGCGGAAGGCUGCAGAGGAAGCAAGAAGACGAGCUGAACACGAGGCAAGAAUCCAAGCUGAACACGAGGCUAGGGUCAAGGCUGAAGAAGAGGCACGUCUCAAAACCGAACAGGAAGCCCGCCGCCAGGCUGAAGAAAGAGCCAGACUCGAGGCUGAAGAGCAAGCUCGCCUGGAGGCUGAGGAGCAGGCACGUCUCAAGGCCGAGGAAGAAGCGCGUCUCAAAGCUGAGGAGGAGGCACGCAUCAAGGCGGGACAAGAGGCGCGGCUCAAAGCGCAAGCGGAGGAGAAGAUCAGGGCAGAUGCGAAAGCGGCGGCUGAAGCAGAAGCGAGAGCAAAAGCAGAAGCCGAGGCCAAAGCUGAAGCUGAGGCGGAAGAGAAGGUCAGACUGGACGCUGAAGAACAUGAAACCUCUCGCAAAGCUGAGGAAGACGCAAGACUUGAAGCCGAAGCGAAGGAGAAGACCGAGCAGCAAGCAAAGGACAAGGCGGAGCAAGAUGCGAAAGCGAAGGCAGACGAGGAAGCGAAGGAACAGGCGAGAGCGGAAGCAGAAGCAGAAGCAGAAGAAGAAGCAAAAGACAAGGCAGCAGAAGCUAAAGCUGUUCAAGACGAAGCCGAGGAGCAGGCCGAAGAGAGCCUCGCAGUUCCGAACAGAGCCGACGCUGGCACCGAGGAAACAGUCGAAACUCCCGAGCAAGGUGCAUCGUCCGCCAGCGCGUUGAAGAAGUCCAGCCUCGCAGAGAAGCUUCGCAAACGCAAAGAGGAGCGCGACCUCGCAGCUGCCGCCGCCACCGCUGCAGGAGCCUCGCAAAAGUUUACAGAAGCACCAGUCACUCAGGAAGACAGCAAGGAUGCUGCAGCAGAUGCAGAGAACGCAGAGCCCGGCGACAGAGACGCAGCAGAGCCGACACAGGAGGACAACAGUCAGCUAUCCUUCGAUGCAGCUGGCAAGAAGGAUGAGGCAAAAGAGGCUCCCACCGCCCCAUCUGGUGAAGCAGUGGCUGUCGACACCGAGGCUGAGCAGGAGGAAGCAGCCGAGGAUGACGAGAACGGAGAAGAAGCUGCUGGCGAAGCGGAUGGCAGCGGGGCCAAUACGCCUGCCACUCCGACGACGCCCAACCCCGACAACACGAGCGGCGGCGGAGCAGCCAAGAAGAACAAAAAGAAGAACAAGAAGAAGAAAAAGUAG